UUGAAAUGUGUAUUUGCCGUUUGUUGGGGUCUGAUUGAGGCAGUUGGAUAUUCUUUUUCACUUUGCUGGCUCUUGGUCGACGAUGGCUGUGGAGAAAUCUGAUUUCUUAUUCAUUUCUGUUCUUGUGAUAGUUGAUUGUGUACAAUCAAUGUGGAGAAUAACCAUAAUUCUUAUCUUCUUGAUAGUUUGGUUUGGUGGUCUAGUGCACUAAGUUUGGUCUGUUAAUGAGGGUUACCACUUACCUGUGCGGGAAAUUGGCGUCAUUCGAGAAGUUAGUUGCAUUGUGAGCGUAAAUAUACUUAUUUGAUCCUAUACUGCCUGUCUGGCAAAAAUGGCUUACGCAUAUGCAUCAAGUCGAUCAAGUCGGGGUUGACGAAUUCUUGGGUUUCUUUCUUGCCGAUUCUUAUUGGUAUUAUAUACUAGAAUGACAGACUACGAUUACCGCUGUUAGUAAUAGUUAUUUAGGUGAUAGGAAAGGAAAACAAGGUAGUGCUACUGCUAGUAUUAGUAAGACUGCCGGCUACUAGUGCUAUUUCUUGUUUGAAUUUUAGAACAUGUUAUUUCUUGUUGAAUAUGGAGCCUCUGUAUAAGGAAUAUGUUGCUGUUUUGAGUUUUUGCAGUGGCUGCAUUGAUGGCUAUGAAGAAGGAUCUGGUAGAUAAGCUACAUGUGUUGGAUGGAUGGGAUAUUAACUCAGUUGACCCUUGCACAUGGAGUUUGGUCGGAUGUGAUUCAACCGGUUAUGUGAUUGCAUUGUAGGUUUGAUGUUUUUUUCUUCAGCAUUUUUUACCCUUUUUGCAUCUUGAGUUUACUUGUUCAGAGUUCCAGCUCGUUUUUAUUUUUCCAUUUUUGGGGUGCAUGACCCAUCACUGUCUAGAAUACUGGGUUUCUCAGUUCGUUGGAUGUGCGUGAGUCAGAGAAAUGCCCAGCCAGGGCUUGUCUGGAGUUCUCUCUCGUAGCAUUGGGAACUUGAGUCAUCUACAGACGAUGUUGUUGCAAAAUAAUGACAUAACUGGUCCUAUUCCUGUUGAAAUUGGAAAGCUUUCACAAUUACAGACUCUUGACCUCUCAGGAAAUCAGCUAGUUGGGGAAAUCCCUGGCUCAUUAGGCUUGCUAAGAUAUCUUAGUUAUCUGCGGCUUAACAGAAAUAGAUUGACUGGAAAAAUCCCUCUAGCUGUUGCAAAUCUCACAGGUCUUUCUUUCUUGGAUUUAUCCUUCAACAAUCUCAGUGGUCCCAUUCCUAAAAUACAUGCCAAGGAUUUCAGUCUUGCAGGCAACAGGCUUCUCUGUACCUAUUCAUUACUACGGGGUUGUAAUGAUACAUAUAGCCAAGUAAAUGAGACAGUUUUAUCUUUACCAUCCCAUAAUCAUAAAGUGGUUGCUGCUGUUUCUGCAAGUCUUGGCUGCCUUUCUUUCCUUGUCGUUUUAGCUAUGGUUGCUCUUUGCUGGUUGCGGGGAUUCUACUCAUGCACAUUUGUUUCAUGUGAAGAGCAGCGCCUUUAUGAAGUUGAUAUGGGACAUUUAAAGAGGUUCUCCUUCCGUGAACUUCAACUUGCUACUGAUAACUUUAAUGCAAAGAGCAUACUGGGCCAAGGAGGUUUUGGUAUAGUAUACAAAGGAUUCCUCAAGGAUGGGACUGUGGUUGCUGUCAAAAGAUUAAGAGAUCCUAAUUUUACAGGAGAAGUUCAAUUUCAGACAGAAGUGGGGAUGAUUGGUUUAGCUCUACACAGGAAUCUCUUACGUUUAUAUGGCUUUUGUAUGACUGCACAUGAGAGGCUGCUAGUGUACCCAUACAUGCCAAAUGGGAGUGUGGCUGACCGUCUAAGAGAUAAGUGUCAAGGGAAACCCACCCUCGAUUGGAGCAAAAGAAUGAGGAUUGCUCUUGGUACAGCUAGAGGUCUGUUGUAUUUGCAUGAACAAUGCAAUCCAAAGAUUAUUCACAGAGAUGUGAAAGCUGCAAAUAUUUUACUUGACGAAGGCUUUGAAGCUGUGGUCGGUGAUUUUGGCUUAGCAAAAUUGUUGGACAGGAGGGACUCACAUGUCACAACUGCUGUCCGAGGUACAGUCGGUCAUAUUGCACCCGAGUACCUGUCCACAGGGCAGUCAUCAGAAAAGACAGAUGUCUUUGGCUUUGGCAUGCUACUUUUGGAACUUGUAACGGCACAGAGAGCAAUGGGUGCCGGUAGUGCCCUAUAUCAGAAAGGAAUGUUUCUUGAUUGGGUCAAAUCCAUCCAUGGAGAGAAGAGACUGGAUCUUUUGGUGGAUAAAGAUCUCAAUGGCUCAUUUGAUGCUGUAGAACUGGAGAGAGUAACUACAGUUGCUAUAUUGUGCACCCAAUCUCAUCCUGCACUGAGGCCGACCAUGUCCGAGGUUGUGAAGAUGCUGGGAGAUGGAUUGUCGAUAGUAGAACGCCUGGAGGAAUCACAGUCUCAAAUCCCCUGUCAGAGGGCUUUCAUCGUUCCUACAAACUAUGGAGAUGCUGGUGAAGAAUCUUCCUUUGUGAUUGAAGCAAUCGAGCUUUCUGGUCCUCGAUAAGAUUGGAGCUAGUUCCAUGUAAAUAGAACUGCUUUAAAGCUUCUGCGCGCUUACGAAUGUGUCGUAUAAAGUUUCCAGGCAAAGCUUGGCUGAAGCUUUCUACAUUUUGUAAUUUUGGUUUUUUCUUCUUCAAGUAUCGUGCUUUCAAGGGGAAGUGCAGAGGAAUGAUUGUAAUCCAUUUGUUCCAAUCUGUAAAUGCGUAGAGUUAUACGGUAUUCAUUAAUGCCGAGGACUCGGAGAAUUGUACUAAGAAAGAUUAGGAUACUUUAAUGAAGCUGUAAAUGCAUUUAGAAUUAUGA